AUGCCGUUGCCCUCGGGUUUAGAACUACGUGACGCUAGGGAUGCAUCAAUUGACCGCAGUGUGCAGACUUGGAACUAUGUGUGUCAGUCAUUAUGCAUCAUUGGCAUGACCCUUUUCUUUGGCCUUCGAGUCUAUACACGUUGUUUCAUUCUCAGUGGGUUCGGAAAGGAGGAUUGGGUAUGCUCAGCAGCAUGGUUCUUUGGUGUCUGCUAUUCUAUCAUCGCGCUCAUCAUGGGACAUUAUGGAGGAGGUUUACAUUAUUCUGAUGUUCCGCCCGAAGAUCGAAUUGCAUUCCAGAAGACCGUCUAUGUCACAAUGGUCAUGUACGGACCAACCGCCUAUUUAACCAAAGUUCUGCUCCUGUGGAUCAUGGCUCGUGUAUUCAGCCCCUUCCGCCAAUCUGUCCUCUUCAUCUACGGCUUCAUGACCCUCAUGUUGGCGUACUAUAUUCCGGCCGUCAUUGUCAAGAUCCGAAUUUGCAACCCGAUUUCUCUAUUUUGGGACACCAAUGUUAAGGGAACAUGUCUGGACGAGACAUCUAUCAUCCUUGCUGAUGCAGUGGUCAGCUGCAUCAGCGACCUCAUCAUUCUUAUUCUUCCCCUGCCGUUGACUAUGACAUUGCAGAUGUCGAAGAAGAAGAAGACGAGAGUCAUAGCUAUUUUGGGUGCUGGUGGCCUGGCUGUCGCAGCCAGUAUUAUUCGCUUGAUACUUAUUGUAUUAACUGGACAAUCCAAGGAUGCCACUCUGGCCUUCAUGAGAAUCAAUAUGCUUGGAAAUGCCGAAAUCGCGAUAGGAGUGAUUUGCACCUGUCUUCCCGCUCUCUCGGCCCUUCUCAAGCGUGUCCUCCGCGAAUACUCCACCGACAAACAAACCUACGAGUCCGAAUACAAGCUGAGUUCGAUGAGAAAUCAGUCCAAGGCGGAGCGCAGCAGAAAGCAGACGACCGUACGGGAAGCUGAAUCAGAUGAGGAUAUGCUGGUCUCCAAUGCACAGAGCAACCCGACGCAAACUACAAUUUACGGCGACGCGGAGGAACGAGGAGUCUCACAUGGUUCUAACCUUGGGGGCAUUGGAAUUACCAGAACCGUCGAUGUCUCUACUUCCGUUGAGUCGCGACCUCAAUAG